AUGGAUGCUGUUCUCAAGAAGUCACUCGAAGCAAUCGAGUCCUCUCUCGCAUCACUUCUCGAAUCCGUCACUGUUGAUGACCCAUCCAGUGAUGCCGCACUCGCCCUCGUCGCCGCCGAUGACGACCUCUCCUCCAGUCUAGAGCAACUGGUAGUACACCAAACGAAUCACCAAAAACUCCUGCAUCUACGCGCCCUCUCCUCCGCUCUGGACUCUGAACUUUCAACCCUCCUAACCACCCUUUCCCAAGCACGUAUAGAGCUACAAUCGACCACCACAACCGUAUUCCCUGCUCACGCUCGACAAGUAGAGUACGAUGCUCUCCUCUCAUAUGCUACCAAAAUUUCCAAAUUCACGCGACCGCCAACACAUCUCAAAUCACAACCACAGCCGGCCGAUCCUACUGCUUCCACAGAAGCAUCUUCUUCAACGGCUUUGGUAUUAAAAUCUGCGGAUGUGAAUGGGAACAAUGCAACCAAAGAUGGUGGUGUAGACGGUUCAAGUGCGAAUAAUGCAGCCGGUGCCGGUGCUGGUGAAACCACCGGGAAUGCUGCGACACGACCAACAGCAGAAGACAUCGCCAUGCUAGACCCGACGGCAGGAAUGCCCUUCGUACCAUGGCCGACCGAGGAGAUCAUGAGAAGAGGUAUUCUAGCCAACAUGGGUUCUAUGGAAACUAUGCCUGACGCUGCAGCUGGACAAGAGGCGGAACCAGGGGCAGCCGAACCAGACACGACAGGAGAAGUUGCACCCCCUACUGGUGGGAGCAGGCAAAUGUCUGAUGCAGACAGGGAAAGAGCAAGAGAAGAAGCUGCGAGAAGGGAAGCCGAGAGAAAACAGAAGGAACAGGAGGUAUUUCAGGGAUUGGACCUCUACGACCCCGACUCUGAUUAG